CCCAACAUGGCGGAGGGGGGAAGGUUGUGUCUCUUUCCUAUCUUGGUACAGGGAGACUGGGGCUCCCCGGAUCCCCCUAAGCCGCUGAGAAACAAACUUCUUUGCUACUUCCAGAGCCGGAAGAAGUCGGGAGGAGGAGAGUGCGAGAUCCAGUGGCAAUCGGGACUGCUUUUGGUUUGGUUUGCUCAGGACGAAGUGAGGCAAAGAGUCCUCUCCCAGAAGACCCAUGAACUUGACCUGGGAAAGAAGGGAACAUUGCCGCUGGUGGUCACAUUGCAAAAAGCAACAGGUGCAAAUAAAGAGCAUGUGCCUGUGAAGCAAAUGGUUCCGAAACAGCCUUCCGUGAGAGAAGACCGGACAGAAGAGAUGGAUGUGAAAGGAGACUUGGAACAAGAGAGCAUCAGAGUAGCAAAUGGUAAAAAUCAAUGUCUCGAGAAGGAUAUUCUCCGUGAUUCCCAUGCGUCUUCUCUUGUCGUUCUUGAAAAUGUCAAUGAAAGCAUCACACCAGAGUUGUUAAUGCUGCUAGUAGAGAACAUCAAUGGGCUUUCAGGAGAAGACUUCCAGAUCGAAUUGAUAAGCGAGAGAAAUGCUGCAGUGAUUACAUUUCAGCAAAUUACUGCUGCUGCAAAGUUUGUUGACCAAUGUACCAAGAACCUCAGAUUUAAAGAAUUCAAAAUUACUGCCCGGCCUCUUGAAAGGCCACAGAUGAUCAAAAUUGAAAAUAUCCCCACUGGGGUAUGCAAAGAUUUAAUAAUUCUCUACUUUGAAAGUCCAAAGCAUGGAGGAGGACAAGUAACCAACAUUCGUAUGUUACCUGAGGAGAAUGCGGCUAUUGUUACCUUUUGUGACUACAAAGCUGUGCAGAGAGCAUUGGAAAAGCAGCAUUCUUUUGAUCAUCAACCAGUUUUGGUUUAUCCAUACUGCAGUUCUUUGGAUACAGUUUUGUAUGGGAAGGAGAGGCCACAAAUCAAAAUGCCAGAACGUAUCAGAGUCCCGUUAGAUCCUUAUAUCUGGCAAUUUCUGCAAGGAAGGGAUAGACUAAUCCAAGAAAUAGAACAUGAAAUGGCAAAUUGUUACUGUGAACUAAUAUGGCCCCAAAUGUCUUGCGAACAUCCAGAAAUCACGAUGUGCCCUUCAGCUGCCCUAUCUAAACAAGGAACCUCUGUGAGAGAAUUAGUCAAGGCUUGGAAAGAGAAAAUUUCUGCAGAGUUUGCCUGCAUCAUGUCAAAGUUCAAGUCUGUUAAAUGCAACAUUAUCCCAGCAGCAUGGGAAACAAUAGAGAGCAGUUUGAUAAAAAAUGUUUUGGCUGUCCCUGAUGUUUCCAAAGAAACUGUUAUCCUAGCUGGUUUUGUAUUCACUGUGGAUGGUGUAAAGAAAGCGGUAAAGGAACACAUGGAAAAUUUGACCAAAGAUGCAGAAAAGGCAAAACAAACGAUACAGCAAACAUUGUUUGUUGCUCCACAAAAAUAUGCUGUUUUGCACCAUAUUUUACAAGAAGGGAACAUCUAUAAAGAAAACCCUGGCGUCAAGUUCUCUUACGAUUCUUCGGCAAAGAAGUUGCAGCUCUCUGGAAUGCUUGCAGAAGUAUAUAAAAUGAAAAGUGACCUAUUGGAGAAGUUGCACAACAUGGUAGAGAAAAAAGUUGACAUUCACGCUCAUAUUUUUCAAUUCCUGCAGCAUGCAGAUAGCAAAAAGGCAUCAGAGAACAUAUUUCAUGCUAAUAACAUUAAUGCUUCCUAUGAACUUGCACAUGAGUCUGUAAUGUUGGUAGCACAAUCUCCCGGAGGUCUUUUGAAAGCUGAGGAACAAAUGAAGAAAAACUUGGAUCAUAGAUGUAUUGCUUUGGAGGACCAGGAACUUGUCAACAGAAGAGAAUGGAAAGAACUCACUAAACGAUUGCAGAGGAAACACAAUUCUGUGGAAGAAGCUGUAAUAAUUGAUGAUUUCCUCAUUUUGGGAGAGGAUGCUAAAGUAUCCAUAGCUGGUUAUACAACAGCAGUAGGAGACGUUCAUCAAGAGCUUUCAAAUUUUGUUGAAAGAAACACCCAAAUGCUAAAAGUCAUCCCUGCCAAGUCGGUGGCUGUUGUACAAUUUAUGAAGAAGGAAAAGGAGACGGUUUGGCAUGACAUCAGGAAGAGAGGUGUGAAAAUCAAUUUUGGGCUAGAGGCUAAACAGAAGAACAUUGUCCUUAGUGGACCUAAGGCAGAAGUGGCAAAGGCAGCCACUAUGGUUGAACAAAUGUUAUUUCUGGUGCAUUCUUCAAACGUGGCAUUUGAUAAACCUGGAGUGAAAGUCUUUUUCAAAACCCGAGAACAUUCUUACGUUACUGAGGCAAAAAGCUCCUUCAAUUGUUUGCUCCGACUACAGAAAGAUGGUGAAAAUAAUAGAGACUCUGAGGAAAAGAGAGGGCACCUACAGGCUAAAGUAAUAUUAAAAGAUGGCAUUGUGGUAGAGGCUUGUAAGGGGGACUUGACCCAUUUUCCAGUUGAUGUUGUUGUGAACGCAUCAAAUGAAGACCUAAAGCACAUUGGUGGUCUUGCGGAUGCACUGUCAAAAGCAUCUGGCCCAGGGCUACAAAGAGAAUGUGAUGAGCUAGUGAGGAGACAUGGAAGCUUGAGACCUGGCUGUGCGAUUAUCACAAGCGCUUGGAAGCUGCCAUGUAAACAGGUGAUCCAUGCUGUUGGGCCAAGGUGGAACAGCUCUGAAAAAGAGAAAUGUACACGCCUUUUAAAGAAAGCUGUGAGGGAAAGUUUAAAGCUGGCAGAAACGUUUAAUCAUCGUUCAAUAGCCAUCCCUGCAGUAAGCUCUGGGGUCUUUGGAUUCCCACUAAAAGAGUGUGCCCAUUCUAUUGUAACGGCCAUCAAGGAAACCUUAGAAGAAUCUUCUGAGAAUGACUCUCUGAAACAGAUAUCCCUUGUGGAUGUGUCUGAAAAUACAGUUCAGGCUCUCGCUGAUGCUUUGAAUGAAAUAUUCAGAGAUGGACCACCUGGGCCCAAAUCACCAUCUCAUUCCCAACCGGUCAACCAGGCCAAAGAAAUUGGAGAUGAACUUCACAUGGUAAAUUCUCAUAAAGGCCUGAAACUCAUACUUAAGGAAAAAAGCAUUGAAGAUGCAACGACGGAUGUGGUUGUCAGCAGCAUCGGCUCCGACCUGAAGCUUGGUGUGGGUCCACUUUCCAAAGCUCUGCUGCAGAAGUCUGGGCCGAUGCUCCAAGUGGAGUUUGAUCAAGCCAUCCAAGGCCAGGGAGCUCAGGGUGGCUGCGUGUUGCAAACGGGCGGAUAUAACCUGGCCUGUAGAUUUGUGCUCCAUGCUAUUGUUCCACAGUGGGAUGCAGGAAAAGGACCUGCAAUGCAGAAACUUAGAGAUAUUGUGAGGGAAUGCCUGGAGAAAACUGAAGAGCUGUCAUUGAGUUCCAUCUCAUUCCCAGCCAUCGGGACAGGUGGUUUUGCCUUUCCAAAAUCUGAAGUCGCUAAAUUAAUGUUCGACGAGGCGCUUCAGUUCAGUAGCGCGAAGAAUUUGAAGUCUCUUCAGGAAGUUCAUUUUCUCCUACAUCCAAAUGAUAACGAUAACAUAAAGGCAUUCUCUGAUGUAUUUGAAUCCAGGAUUGGCAGAAUUUCCAGGGCAGUGCCAUGGAGUGAUGAAGGUAAUACUGGUUUCUUUGGACCCAUUUCAACUCCUAGCUUGGGAAUUAAUGAAAUGCAGAUAGGAUCAAUUAAACUGCAAUCAAUGACAGGAGACAUUACAAAGGAAAACACAGAUGUUAUUGUAAAUGUAACAAAUGCAGACUUUAAUGCUAAAUCAGGUGUCUCCAAAGCGAUUUUGGAAGGCGGUGGACCUCAAGUUGAAACAGAAUGUGCAACAUAUGCUUCGCAGCCUCACAAUGGAUUUAUAACCACACAAGGCGGCAAUCUGAUCUGUAAGAACAUUAUCCACCUUGCUCCUGACCCUAAUAUCAAAGCUCAGGUCUCCAAAGUGCUCCAGGAGUGUGAAGCGAGGAAAUACCAGUCAGUUGCCUUCCCUGCAAUUGGAACAGGGCAGGCCCAGAAGAGUCCCGAGGAUGCUGCUGAGCAGAUGAUGAGUGGAAUUGCUGACUUUGCAGGCAAAGAAUUGCCCCAAUGUUUAAAAACCAUUAAAAUCGUUAUUUUUCAGCCGCAAAUGCAAAAUGCCUUUUAUGCUGCUAUGAAGAAGAGAGAAGGUGUUGCAUUGCCCACUAAUGAGUCUAUGUUUUCUAGGUUGAAAAAUUUUCUAACUGGCAAAAAACCGCCUGCUAAAAAGAAACGUCUCUUGGUUUUGGAAAAGAAGGUUGAAGUUGCAGUGUUUGAAAUCUGUGGUGAAAGCAGAGAAAAGGUGGAAGAUGCAGAGUCUUGGUUAAAGAAAAUGAUACUUCAGGAACAGACAGAGAAUUGUAUUUCUGAUGAGAUGAUUGACAUGUUUGAUGACACAGAAAUAAAGAAACUGAAUGAGCUCCAGAAAAGUCUGCAUAUUGCUAUUCAGCUGGAGAAGAAACAAUCUCCUCCUUUCAUCCUGCUAUCUGGAAUCCCCCGUGAUGUCCUCACCGCCUUCACAGAAAUUCAGGGCCUGAUAAAAACUAUGAAAGAGAACCGGGAAGAGAAAUCCAAGGCAGAACUUGUUAAAAAUUUGGUUGAGUGGCAGUAUUGCACAAGCGGGAAUGUAUUCGUAGCUUUUAAUAUGCUUGUCAAUCUCCAUUUAGAGGAUUCUAAAAUCAAUAACAAGACCCAUGUUAACAUCCAGAUUCAUGGGAAGAGCUACAUAGCAAACUUAAGAAAUAUGUUCGCUACUGAUAGCCUAGGAAAAUGUGUCAACAUUCGGCGCAUUGCAAAGGAUGAAGGUAAGCUAUCGGUAGAACUCCCUAAAGAAUGGGAAGAUAUGAAGAAAAGUUGUGUCAAAGUGGUUUUCCUCCAGCCGACGUCAAAAGAAUAUAAAAAUGUUGAAAUAAAAUUCCGGAGCAGCUGCCCUACAUACAAAAUAGAAAAGAUUGAAAGGGUACAGAAUCCUUUCCUCUGGCAAUCCUACCAAAUUAAAAAACAGGAAAUAAAUAGAAAGAAUGGCCAUGACAACAAUGAGAAGAUCCUGUAUCAUGGGACAGCUAAUUCCACAUUGAGCCCAAUUAAUAACACUGGAUUUAAUCGCAGUUAUGCUGGGAAAAAUGCUGCAUCAAUUGGAAAUGGUACCUAUUUUGCCGUUAGUGCACACUAUUCUGCGUCGGAUGUAUAUUCCAGGCCAGACAGUAAUGGUAAAAAAUACAUAUAUGUCGCUCGAGUUCUCACUGGGGAAUAUUGUGUUGGAAGACAAGGACAAAUUACUCCACCGCCAAAAAAUGUGGGAGGCUUUGACCUGUAUGACAGUGUGACUGACAACAUGGCUAAUCCAUCAAUGUUUGUCAUAUUUUAUGAUGCUCAGGCGUACCCAGAAUAUCUUAUUACCUUCAGAAAAUAACUUCAGUUUUGGCAGUCAAAGAGCUGUCCUGUUUCUCCCCCUCCCUCCAAAAAAUAACCCUGAAUUUAUAAAGAUACUUUGUAAACAGUGAUUUUAUUGGGCUUGCUGCUUGCUCUUUCUGAUCAAUUGCUUUAAGCUGUGCAUUUCAAAGAUUAGCAAAGGCGAAAUAAUUUUGGCUAAGAUCCAGUUUAGAGAUUGAGAGUUGGGAAAGCAAGCUUGAACUCAAGCUAGAUGGGCACAAUACUUUGAUCAUAGUUUAUGUUCAUUAUCUCAUUGGACUACAGUACAUCCUUCUCUUAAUAUAUCACCCUUUUAAUUUCAGUCUUCCCUGCAAGUCAUUUACAAAUACGUAUGUGCCAGAAUGUAAACUGCCCAGAGAGCGUUGGCUAUGGGCGGUAUAUAAAUGUAAUUAAAUAAGUAAAUAAAUAAAUAAAUGGCCUUUAAAGUUUGCUUGGCUCUCCUCUAUGUUCCUCAGCAUCUCUGUCAGUUUGGGUGGAGCUACACAUCAUCAUGGAUACUUGUAAUAAAAUGCCAAUAGCUCCUUUUAGGAAGAACUGCCUCAGGAUGGUCCAUUUAGAAGGAAGAAACAAGGGGAGUGCUUAAUGUUUGUUCUGCCCACUUUUCCACUGCAGCCUGUCCCGGCCAAACCCUUCUUCCCACCCUCUCAUGGGGUUGAAGAUGUGCGUUUACCCUGCAAACAUUUGUCUGGUAAGAAGAGGGGUUGGAUCCCACUUUGACAUUGCUUGUGGGUUGGGACUUCCAUGACUUCUCCUUCCCCCUUGCAGUCCCUCAACACACCAAAUCUCCAGAAGGCACAUGGGGGCUGCACAGGGGAUGGGAAGACGCAGAUGUCCUGUUCUGCAAUUGGCAUCCCCCCAUUUACACCAUAUUGAUGCUGGAUCCAACCCAUGUUUUUUGGGGUGUGUGUGUGGAUGGGGAGGAGUUGCAGUAGGAUGUUGGGUGGGGAACAAUUAAGCCUCUUCCAGUCCACUUCUGUGCUUCAGCCUGCAUUCUCCUGAAGAGGGUUGUCUUCCAACAGCAGGACCUAUUGGACAUUUGUAAUGAAUGUUUCUGUGUCAUAUGCUGUUCCCCCCCUUAUUAUCUGUGCUGGUUGCCCUACACCCACUUCUGAAGGAGUUUCAGGAAAUGCUAAAUUUCACCGCUGUACCUCACAUAUGAUCCUUCAGAGUGUUGUGCCUUUUUACAGCAAUUUAUCUGUGCUUUCUCCACAAAUAUCCUGCAUAAUUGCAAACCAUUCUUCUCAGGGGUUUAGUAAGUAGGGAGAGAACGUAUCAACUUUAUUUCUGGAAGAUCAUUGUCAAACACACGAGGAAGAAACCCCUGGUUGGUUUUGUUAAGCCAUCUCUUAUUAGCUUCUAGAGGGAUAUCUGUAAGUUUGAUCUUGUCUUUUUAGGCAUAAAUGAAGAGUUUCUAGUCCCACUACAGGUGUUAAUUAACAAUGCCUGGAUUGUUUUGUUACUGCCAUUGGGAAUAUCAUUGUUUAUUUCGUAUACAUUUAACUAAUUAAAUUGUCAGGACUGUACUGUUCACCUUUCUUGCCAUUUGAUCCCACAUGUGCAGAUAGGGAUGGAAUUGUAAACUGGUGAUCAAAUGGCAGUGAAAGACAAAUAGUACAGUCUUGACAAUUCAAUGAAAGGUUAAAGAUAUACAAGACGCCUAGUCCAGCCUAACAACUGCCACUUUCACAUACAAAGUUGUAUGCUAGUUUCCUUAUUCUGCCUCAUUAUUUUAUUGUAUCAUUUACGAUAUCUUCAUCAUGAUUCAAAUGACUGAAUAAAAACUUGUUUCCAAUUA